AUGGUUCCUCCAACACACUGUAGCUCUACCACACAGUUCCUCCAACACAUGGUUCCUCCAACACACUGUAGCUCUACCACACAGUUCCUCCAACACAUGGUUCCUUCAACACACUGUAGCUCUACCAUACAGUUCCUUCAACACAUGGUUCCUCCAACACACUGUAGCUCUACCACACAGUUCCUCCAACACAUGUUCCUCCAACACAUGGUUCCUUCGACACACUGUAGCUCUACCACACAGUUCCUCCAACACAUGGUUCCUCCAACACACUGUAGCUCUACCACACAGUUCCUCCAACACAUGGUUCCUUCAACACACUGUAGCUCUACCAUACAGUUCCUUCAACACAUGGUUCCUCCAACACACUGUAGCUCUACCACACAGUUCCUCCAACACAUCCACUCUGUAUCACACCACAUCACUCUAUAUCACACCACACCACUCUGUAUCACACCACACCACUCUGUAUCACACCACAUCACUCUGUAUCACACCACAUCACUCUGUAUCACACCACAUCACUCUGUAUCACACCACACCACUCUAUAUCACACCACAUCACUCUAUAUCUCACCACAUCACUCUAUAUCACACCACAUCACUCUAUAUCACACCACACCACUCUAUAUCACACCACAUCACUCUAUAUCUCACCACAUCACUCUAUAUCACACCACAUCACUCUAUAUCACACCACAUCACUCUAUAUCACACCACAUUACUCUGUAUCACACCACACCACUCUAUAUCACACCACAUCACUCUAUAUCACACCACAUCACUCUAUAUCACACCACACCACUCUAUAUCACACCACAUCACUCUAUAUCUCACCACAUCACUCUAUAUCACACCACAUCACUCUAUAUCACACCACACCACUCUGUAUCACACCACAUCACUCUGUAUCACACCACACCACUCUAUAUCACACCACAUCACUCUAUAUCUCACCACACCACAUCACUCUAUUUCACACCACAUCACUCUAUAUCACACCGCUCCACAUCACUCUAUAUCACACCACGCCACAUCACUCUAUAUCACACCAUGCCACAUCACUCUAUAUCACACCACAUCACUCUAUAUCACACCAUGCCACAUCACUCUAUAUCACACCGCAUCACUCUAUAUGACAUCACAUCACUCUAUAUCACACCACACCACAUCACUCUAUAUCACACCAUGCCACAUCACUCUAUAUCACACCGCAUCACUCUAUAUCACACCACAUCACUCUAUAUCACACCACAUCACUCUAUAUCACACCACAUCACUCUAUAUCACACCGCAUCACUCUACAUCACACCACGUCACUCUAUAUCACACCACACCACUCUAUAUCACACCACAUCACUAUAUCUCACCACACUACUCCACACCACACUGAGCUGCAGUUCAUUAAUGGAGGUUGGUCGUGUGUGA